AAGGUGCUCAUCUUUCUUACAUCUUCGAAUUCCAUCAACACAUAUAAAUCUGGGCAUGCGACCCUUAUGCCGAACAUCGAGGUCUCUUCUUCUCUAUUUGAUGCGCCCAUCGGUGCAUAUAACCUUUCAUCUUAGGAUCCAUCAUGGCUUCUACCGAUUUGGCCUUCGACCCAACCCACGUGAAUCUUACCGAUCCGGGUUUUGAUCUUCGACAGCUCAUAUGCUAUGUUAACGGCGAAGAAAACGAAUACAAUGGCAACAUAGGGGCCAGGAUCUCCUCCAUAUUCGUCAUUCUCUUUGUCUCCACCGCGUUUACCUUCUUUCCCGUGGUCGCUACACGGGCUCCUCGCCUCCGUAUUCCCCUCAGCGUCUACCAGUUCUCGCGUUACUUUGGCGCCGGCGUAAUCAUUGCCACGGCUUUCAUCCAUCUUCUGGAUCCUGCGUACGAAGCGAUCGGUCCCGCGUCUUGCGUUGGAAUGACCGAGGGUUGGGUAGGGUACACGUGGUGUCCGGCACUUGUUCUCACAUCCGUCAUGGUGAUCUUCCUCGUCGAUCUCGCGGCUGAACGAUAUGUGGAGAUGAAGUACGGCGUCAGCGAUCAUGAGAACAUCGAGCAACUUAUCACCGCGAACGCGAGGGGAACCGUGGUCCCCGUUACGACGGCUAGCCGCCCCGACGCGAUGGGCGGUAAGGAUGACCUUGAGCAGGCGGCGAUCCAAGAGGAGCUGGGUGAAAGGAUGGAGAAAAUCGCUUUCCAGCAACAACUCGCCGCCUUCCUAAUCCUCGAAUUCGGCAUCAUUUUUCACUCGGUUAUCAUCGGGCUGAAUCUCGGCGUCGUGGGCGACGAGUUCUCGGUCCUCUACCCCGUCCUCGUUUUCCACCAGUCCUUCGAAGGCCUAGGAAUCGGCGCGCGACUCUCUGCCAUCAGCUUCCCUAGGCACUACCGAUGGAUGCCGUCCGCUCUGUGCAUCGCCUACGGAUUUACCACUCCUGUCUCCAUAGCGGUUGGGCUUGGAGUGAGGACGACGUAUAACCCCGGCAGCUUCACGGCGAACGUGGUUUCUGGGGUGCUGGACUCGAUUUCAGCGGGUAUUCUGAUCUACACGGGUUUGGUUGAGCUGCUGGCUAGGGAUUUCCUCUUCAACCUGCGCAAUGCGAGGGAUGGGAAGAAGCUUACUUUCAAGAUUAUUUGUUUGCUGCUCGGGACGGGGAUCAUGGCGCUGCUGGGAAAGUGGGCUUGAAUGGCGGGACUUGCUGGAGCGAGACAUGUACGGUACGCAGAGUCUAGUCCGCGGUACGGUCGCAUUUCGGCGCGCAUGCCUUUCAGGGGAUACAGUCCGAAACGGAUGAAGUGCUUCGGCGCCUGUACAAUCCAUCAUCGAGAGGUUGCGCUCCGCCUCGGCAACUUUUCUUCCACCUUCACAGUGCAGUACCGUUCAGCGCACGCUCGGGGAC